AUGGCCUACCAAUUUCCAGCCCUCACUUCAGAACAGAAGAAGGAGCUCUCAGAAAUUGCCCAGCGCAUUGUUGCCAGUGGGAAGGGGAUCCUGGCUGCAGAUGAGUCUGUAGGCACCAUGGGGAGCCGCCUGCAGAGGAUCAAGGUGGAGAACACUGAAGAGAACCGCCGGCAGUUCCGCGAAAUGCUCUUCACCGUGGACGAUUCCAUCAGCCAGAGCAUCGGGGGCGUGAUCCUUUUCCAUGAGACCCUCUACCAGAAGGACAGCCAGGGAAAGCUGUUCAGAGACAUCCUCAAGGAAAAAGGGAUCGUGGUGGGAAUCAAGUUAGACCAAGGAGGUGCUCCCCUUGCAGGAACAAACAAGGAAACUACCAUUCAAGGGCUUGAUGGCCUUUCUGAACGCUGUGCUCAGUAUAAGAAAGAUGGUGCUAACUUUGGGAAGUGGCGUGCUGUGCUGAAGAUUGGCAACCAGUGUCCGUCCCACCUUGCUAUCCAGGAAAAUGCCAACACCCUGGCCCGCUAUGCCAGCAUCUGUCAGCAGAAUGGGCUAGUACCCAUUGUUGAACCAGAGGUAAUUGCUGAUGGAGACCAUGACAUGGAACACUGCCAGUAUGUUACUGAGAAGGUCCUGGCUGCUGUCUACAAGGCCCUGAAUGACCAUCAUGUUUACUUGGAGGGCACCCUGUUGAAGCCCAACAUGGUGACUGCUGGACAUGCCUCCACCAAGAAGUAUACUCCAGAGCAGGUGGCAAUGGCCACUGUCACAGCUCUCUACCGUACUGUUCCUGCAGCUGUUCCUGGCAUCUGCUUUUUGUCUGGUGGCAUGAGUGAAGAGGAUGCUACUCUCAACCUCAAUGCUAUCAACCUUUGCCCUCUACAAAAGCCCUGGAAACUAAGUUUCUCUUAUGGACGGGCCCUGCAGGCCAGUGCACUGGCUGCCUGGGGUGGCAAGGCUGCAAACAAGAAGGCAACCCAGGAGGCUUUUAUGAAGCGGGCCCUGGCUAACUGCCAGGCAGCCAAAGGACAGUAUGUUCACACGGGCUCUUCUGGUGCUGCUUCUACCCAGUCGCUCUUCACAGCCUGCUAUACCUACUAG